AUGUCUAAAGGUAAGAAAGCUAAAUCGACAACUCCUCCAGCCAUUGCCAAAGGCGGGAAAGUUCCUAAAACAUCAAUUCCCCAGGUGGAAAAGAAUCAGGAUACUUCAAUUGAUGAUGGGAGUAAAUUUGUAGCCAAAAAAUAUUCUUUAGUCAAUGUUUGGAUCAUAUCGAACUUCUUAAAGAUCUUAUUAUCUAUAGGCUAUCAUUCGACGGAUUUUGAAGUUCAUAGAAAUUGGUUGGCCAUAACUUAUAAUUUACCUAUCAAUCAAUGGUAUACUGAUGAGACAUCACCAUGGACUUUGGAUUACCCUCCUUGUUUUGCAUAUUUCGAAUGGAUAUUAUCCCAUUUAGUACCCCCAUUUGUUAAACGAGAUGGCUGUUUGGAUUUAGUUCAACAAGGUGAUUAUGGUUUACCAACAAUAUUCUACCAAAGAUUCACAGUCUUGGUCAGUGAGAUGGUUUUAUUAUUUGCUUUACAAUGGUAUAUAAAUACUUGUAAGUCUCAUAGUGAGAGUAGAAGAGGAUAUGUUAUUGCUUCUAGUUUAAUUUUAUCUCCAGGUUUAUUGAUCAUUGAUCAUAUUCAUUUCCAAUAUAAUGGUAUGAUGUAUGGUAUUUUGGUAUUGGUUAUCAAUAGUGCCAGAUUGAAAAAAUACUUAAUGUGUGGAUUUUGGUUUUCAUUAUUAUUAUGUUUCAAACAUAUUUAUCUUUAUUUGGCUCCUGCAGUGUUUGUAUUCUUAUUAAGAGAUUAUUGUCUAAAUUUCAAGAGCAAGUCCUGGAAUCCUUUUAAACUUAUAAAUUGGGUGAAUUCCAUAAAAUUAGGUUUGGUGGUUAUAUUGACUUUUGGAAUCUCUUUCAGUCCUUUCAUUUAUUAUAACCAAAUACCUCAAUUAUUGGAAAGAUUAUUCCCAUUCAGUAGAGGUUUAACUCAUGCUUAUUGGGCCCCCAACUUCUGGGCAAUCUAUUCAUUCUUCGAUAGAUUAUUAAUUCAAAUUUAUAAGAAUAUCCCAUUAUCAAGAAUUCCCUUAUACAAAAUAUUCAAAUUCGAUCCAUUAUUGUUAUUAGAUCCAAAAUUCUUAAAUACCAGUACCAGAGGAAUUGUCGGUGAUACGGAAUUUUUAGUUUUACCAACAAUAACACCAAAAUUGACAUUCUUCUUAACUUUAUUCUACCAAGUCAUGUGCUUGAUUCCAUUAUUUAUUCAACCAACUUUUGAUAAAUUUAUGGGUGCCAUGAGUUUAUGUGGAUAUGCAUCAUUCUUAUUUGGAUGGCAUGUUCAUGAAAAAGCAAUCUUAUUGGUAAUUUUCCCAAUAACUUUCAUCAUAGUUAAAGACAAGAGAUUAUUACCCGCAUUUAAUUUGUUAGUUAGUUGUGGUUAUGUUUCUUUGUUCCCGUUGAUCUUCACCAGUUCCGAAUGGCUAAUCAAAGUUUUAUACACUUUCUUAUGGUACGUGAUUUAUAGUUUCAACUUUAGAAAUGUUACAAGAAUUCCAAAACAUUUAGCUAAUUCAAAUAAUGAAUUUAUUUUGGACAGAUUUAUAAAUCUUUAUAUUUUAGGAAUCCUCGCCAUUUUAUUGGUCAUAAGCUUGAUUGAUUUAUUCGAACAUAAGUUUGAGUUCUUAAAGAAAUUACAAUUCCUUAAAUUCAUCAUCAUAAGUGUAUAUUGUGGUAUUGGUAUUAUAAGUAGUUGGAAUGGUUUUUCAUGGUUAUAUUUUGUUAAUGAUUCCAUCUUUAAAGAUGAUUAA